AUGAACCAACCUGGUGAGGGUCAGCCUCAAGCUGCACCUCAGGGCUCCGAGCAUCAGCUUCCUGCGGACCAGGGCUGCGAUGACCAGCCUUUGGCGGGUCCGAGCUGCGCAGAUCAGUUUUCAAACGUCGGGGAGGUUAUGCUGCGCGCGGAAGAAGCCGUGGCUGAUGGGGAGCAGGCAGCGGUCGAGGACGCCGCACGAUCAGGAACGGCCUCAGCAAAGGUUUCGGCCGCUUUAAGGGUGAUCCACGGGACACCUGAUGUUAAUAAUGAAUUUCCUUACGUGGUUUCUCUUGAGACAUAUCGCCAGCUUAAUAUAAAUUGGAAAAUAUACAGGGUGUGCUCAGGAUCCCUUGUUACCGCGAAUUGGGUUUUGUCAGCAGCACAUUGCCUUGUUCCGGCAGUACAGGUGAUUAGAUAUGGAGAUAUGACGGUAGAACGUAACGCAACUGAUUCUAUUAAUCAAGUAAUUAAAAUGUUUCCACAUCCCAAUUACAAAAUAAUGCUGACGCCCCCAGUUAUGCUGGUCAACGAUAUCGGGCUGGCUUUGGUCGAGAAGGUUCCGGUAUCCCCAGGAAAAUUGUCGGCGGUGGAUUACAAAGGGUUGAUUGGGUUUGAAGUUCGAUACGCUGGUUUCGGCUUGACUCAUGAAAAAGAGCACAUGUAUAAUAAGCAGAACAUGGAAAAGGACAACAUGAAACCAUUGCAAGUCGGCAUGGGCGUGGUUAUAAUUUGUCCUACGAUCGAUUAUACUUGGAAUCCCGGUGUUUGUGUGGCGCCCAAAUGUUCGAACAAACAUCACCAACCCCUUCCUGGCGACUCUGGAGGUCCACUAUUCUUUGAUGGAAAAAUUGUUGCAGUUGCCAGUGGUGACUUCGGUUCUUCUAUAACAAUACAUACUCCGGUUAGUCCAUAUUUGAUCUGGAUAAAUGAUGUCAUCACCAAGGAAUCACAUCAUGUCAGAAUAAACUCAUGA